GAAAGAUGAAAAUUCAAAUUGCAUGUCGAAAUCAACAAGUCGAAACAAGGUAGAAAAGGGAAAGAACAUCAAUUCAUCUUUCAUCGUUCAAGACGUGAUCCCUGGAAAAGCUUCAGAAUCAGAAUGGUUAGCAUGAAAUUAUUCGUUAUCUGUUCAGGAAUGAGUUGAUAGAAGAUGACUUAGCAGAAAAGACAUGCCAUGAUAUCGCCAAAGAUAUAGUUGAUGAAACACUCAGUGCUAUAUUCCAGAUAUAUUUAAAGGACCAAUUAAUACCAUUUGCAGUCAAUCAAGCAUCUCUGUGCCUCAUGCAAUACAUUGACGUAAAUAACGCCAUACAAUUUUGUAUAUUAAAAUGCGUAGUUGGAGUUCAUGUCCUGCGAUCAAGGAGAGCCUUAUAUUAAUCUUAAUCCAGAGUGGUUCGAAGAUGAACUUGCUGAAUCAAGUAGGAUAGAUUCAUGGGCUCAAGGAGCGAUUUCCAAGACUACUUAUGCAAAGAUUUCAGACAAUCUACAACCCCAAAAUAAUCAUCAGGUUUUACAAGGGCUUGAAAAUAGUCUUAUCCACAAAAAUGAAGAUGUUGGUGAAAAUAAAGCUAUCCGUAAGGAACAUACUGUUGGCAUGUCCCAUAGUGAAAAUCUCCACCAAAUAUCUAUACGACAGAAGAAGCCUCAAAAACUGAAAAACGAUUUUAAAAAAGAUCACACCCGUAUGCCUACCGAUCAAGGAGAUUCCAUCCCUCAACUAACUAAACAGUUGAAAGAUUCUACAUUGAAAUCAUCUAUAGAAAAUGUAUCAAUGGAAAAUAUAUCAGUUAAAAACGACAAUAACAGUAAAGAAUAUAGUCUAACUAGAAAGAAACCAAUGAAACCACUCAUGAAACCACUGCCUGAAACUAUGCUACAAAACAAACGAAUCAAUGGAUCUGGAAAACUAGUUUUCGACGAUGAAGGAAAUCUACUUAGUGUACCUAAAUUAUAUCCAGUCAAUAAGAGGCAAGAUGAAUCAUUCACGACUGAUUCACAUUCAAAUGAAAGUGAUAAUAAUAUUUUGGGAAAUAAAAUUCCAAUUCAAUGGCGUUUCGUAUCAGAGUCAUACUGUAACAAUCCAAAUAACAAUCAGUUUGGCAUAAAAAUGAAUAGUAAAUUAAGAACAGCCAGAUCGUCCAUAUCGAAUUUUUCAAAUAAAGUGAGAACAAGAAAUCGUAGUUUAGAUUUAACUGGUGCCACAGUUACACCUGAUGUAAUACGUCUACAAAAAAUUAAGAAUGCAUGUAUCAAUUUGCCAAAUACCAUUGAUCUGGUUGAUUUAGUGGCUGGAGUGACAAUAUCUGAUGGGGAACAUUUAAAAAUUGGUCAGUUAACGAAUGAACAGUUCACGUCAAUAUUGAAUACAAACUGGAAUAAUCUCGACGAAAUUCCAUCAGUUAAAGCGAAUUAA